AUGCGCGCUACAUGGACUGCCUGGGUGAUCCUCCUGCUUCAGGUUUGCUGGCUUACCCUGGGCAGGGAUCACGGACUUUGUCUCGAUGAUGGCGUUCCUGACAACCGUCGAAUGUACGUGCAGGACCUUCUCAACGCAUCGGGUGCAGGACCUGAAACUCCAAUUCGCUUAGUAGUUUUCGAUUGGGCAUCUGCGCGCGUCGCCACGGCACUAGCUGCAAUUUUCAUUCGUGAGGUUCUGGGUUACCAUACCGUCAUCACGCCGGAGAUUGCUCCAGGAUCUUUCGAUGGAGUCUUGGCCCUUGCCGGUUGCUCCUCAGCCGACUGUUCGCAGCGACAGGCGCAGAGCCACGUGGCCAUGGACUGCUGGAUGACAGAGAUCUCAUUCAAUUUUGACCAGUUUGUUUUGGCGAACCCAGAUGUCGCCCCUAUCGACCUGGGAUCAAUCGGGUAUUCCGGUGAGAACUCGCUAUCGGUCAAAGGAUCCAUCCGUGACGCUGCAUAUGCUAGGUCCGGCCUGGCCCUUGAGUUCUAUCGGAGCUACAAUGCAUCUGCGCAUGACGCUGCGGCCUACUUUGACCGUAUUUCUGAUUUGAACCACAGCCACUUCUCCCCGUGCAACACGACGGGCAACGAGUUUGCCAAUGAUGUUGAGAUGAGGCUCUAUAGACAGUGGACGGAUGAUUGGGAAGGUGUCGUCGAGACAGAAACUGGGUACAUCGCGAAUUGCCCGGACGGCCUCUUUUGGAUUUCCCCUGCAUGCCGCCAUAACACAUCUGAGUGCAUCCCCAUUUUGGCAGCUGGAAAUGGCUGGAUUGUGUACGUUUUCAUGCAAUGGGCCACCUUCUACGGCAUACCUGCAGCGGUUGGAACUGCGGCAACCUGGGAGGAUUACGCUGCAAACGUGGUAGCCUUCCGAACACUCUUUCAUUGGUGGAUGCCCGAUGCAACCUUCCACCAGCUGGACGCCUCCAUGCUGCAGUUCCCACGACACAGAGCCCGCGAGUGGGCUGUGGGUAACUAUCGCACGGCUGAUGGGCAGAGCAAUAUUGUCAAGCUCAUCGCACAGCCGCUGCAGCUGGCCGCCCCAAGGGUGCAGAGAUUUCUUCAGAACUUUGACCUGGACCUCGAGGACAUGCAGAGCCUUCUGAGAAAGACGUCAACCAGCGCCGGCGCGACCACUGAAGAAGUGGCCUGUGAGUGGAUUCGCGCCAACAGAGACCGAUGGGAGAAGUGGGUGCCGGUGCAGACCCAGUGCCUAGCAGGAUAUGGCCUCGUAGACGAUGCUGGGCAGCAUGUCCCUGAUCGUCGGGACGCUGUGGCCUGCUCGGUGUGCCUAGCCGGCACCUUCUCCGAGCCUUGGUCCGACGAUCUUGGACAAACUCAUCGGUGUACCGUUUGCCCGGCUGGCACGCACCAGAAUUCCUUUGGUGAGACGGGCUGCGCUGCCUGUGAUGUGGGUACAUUCACGGGAGAUGCUGGCAAUGCUCAAUGUGAGCGUUGCGAGCUCGGUCGCUACGCCAACACCACUGGAACCUCUGAAUCUCGUUGUACUUUGGACUAG